UGUCAUUUGUAUUAAAAUAAAUAAAAGCAAUAUAUUCUAAUUUUCAGCAUAUUUUUAACACAACUAGCUUACCAGCAACAUAAAUGAAGCUUCUAAAACCCAGUUGGGUUAAUCACGAUGACAAACCAAUAUUUUCUGUGGAUAUUCAUCCUACGGGAAAACGUUUUGCUACUGGUGGACAAGGAGGGGACUCCGGGAGAGUCGUUGUUUGGAACUUAAACUCUGUUUUAUUUGAAGCAGUUGAAGUGGAUCCUAAUGUACCCAAAAUGCUCUGUCAAAUGGAUAAUCAUCUAGCUUGUGUCAACUGUGUGCGAUGGAGCAAUGGUGGCCGAUACUUGGCAUCAGGGGGUGAUGAUCGUUUAAUCAUGGUGUGGGGACUAAGUGUUGCCCCAUCUGCUCCUGGCAAACAUAAGGCCGAGACAUGGAGAUGCUUAGCUACUUUGAGAGGACAUGCUGGGGAUGUUUUAGACCUUGCAUGGUCACCGCUAGAUAAAUGGUUGGCAAGUUGCAGUGUUGACAAUACUAUCAUCAUAUGGAAUGCAGAGAAGUUUCCGGAGAUGGUCUGUGUACUGAAUGGACAUAAGGGGCUAGUUAAAGGUGUUGCCUGGGACCCUGUUGGCAAAUAUUUGGCGUCCCAAUCUGAUGAUAAGUCUUUAAGAGUUUGGAAGACCGCUGAUUGGGCACAAGAAACUGUUAUAACUGAACCAUUUGAGGAAUGUGGAGGCACAACACACGUGUUGCGACUAUCGUGGUCUCCUGACGGGCAGUAUGUACUGUCUGCGCAUGCUAUGAACGGUGGUGGACCAACCGCACAAGUUGUGGAGCGGGACGGCUGGCGCUGUGACAAGGACUUCGUUGGACAUCGCAAGGCUGUCACCUGCGCUCGUUUCAACAACAACAUAUUCGUGAAGGAGGGUAAGAAGUGCUGCUGCGCUGCUGUGGGCUCCCGAGACCGCGCUCUCUCCAUCUGGUUGACAUCACUCAAGCGACCCCUUGUGGUUGUGCACGACCUCUUCACUGACAGUGUGCUUGACCUCUCCUGGAGUUCUGACGGUCUUAAUCUAUUGGCGUGCAGUUCUGAUGGUACAGUCGCAUGUAUACAGUUCACUAACAAAGAAAUAGGAACACCUUUAACGCUCGAUGAGAAGAAUGCAUUCUAUGAAAAGAUAUACGGCAAAUGUUUAGUGAACGAAUCCGGCGGUGAUUUGACAUCGAACUUGUUGGUGGAGUGCCCCGAGAUACUGCUGGCUCGCGAGAAACAGGACGCCAAGAAGGAAACCGCUAAGGAGGAUGUCACGCCCAAGAGUGAUAAGUCACAGAGUGUGCCAGCGGUGACAUCUCCGGCAGGCAGCACCGGCUGCAGCAUGGGCGCGCUGGCCAGCACACCAGUGCGUCCCAUGGACCGUCAGAUUGAGACGCGCACCUCCGACGGCAAGCGCCGCAUUACACCCGUCUUCAUACCGCUCACCAAUGUCGACGCCAAUGAGUCGUUAGGAUCUCAGCCUGGCGGCGGCGAGCACUGCUUCAGCACUUCAUCUCAGAGCAAAUCUCGUAUCCGUGUCGAGAGGCGCGACGACAUCGUCAUACAUCCCAACGUCAGCAACCACGCCACCUCGCACAACAACACCAGCAACAAUAAUGACAAUGGUCUGGAUCAGCGGCUGCGUAAACGCGGUGGUGGACCUCUGCCGGGGCCACGUGCGGAGGAGUUGGCAGCACGCGCUGGCGGAGGCACUUCAGGCGGGGGCGAAGGCCCUGCGCGAGUCUCGCUCCCCGCACCGGUACUCGGAGCCGCCGGACCCGUCGUCAGAGCUGCAGGCGCACUACGACUACAGGUUGUAAAUAAGGCUUGCAACACACAAUACGGCACGCUAUCUCGACUGCAGCUCAUACCUAACAACUCGGCAUCAAAUGACCCAGUUUGGGAAACUUAUUUAGGUUCUCCUGUGACGUGUAUAGCGUGUGAUGCACGUUGGGCAUGUGUGUCAUGUGCGGAUGGCACACUACACGUGUGGCGGCUAGGUCGACCACAUGCCAGCCGUGCCCUCCCCCCCAUCGCUCUGAUGUCACAGGCGUCCAAGAUGACACUGUCAGGUGACACUCUGCUGCUGGUGACGACAGCUGCAGAACUUGCCAUCUGGGACCUCGAUACAGCAGCAUGUGUCAUAAGACCGCUGUGUUUCAGGAGUCUCUUGUCUCAUGGAGUGUCGGUAUCAAAUUGUUCCCUAUUGGAAGAUGGCAACCCGAUGAUCUCACUUAGUAAUGGAAGAAGUUAUAUUUACAGUCAGAAAUUAUGUGCCUGGGUGGUGUGGAGUGAGGCGGGUGACCCUGUGCGGCGUGCGGGCGGGGGCGCACGCUCCGUGCUGGCAGCACAGCGCCCGCGCAGGCCUCCGCCCCCACACGCCGCCUACACGCCCACACCGCACUCGCUCCGCCCACAUGCAGCCAGCAGUAGUUAUGCAGCUGGUGCAGCGCGCAGCUGGCUGGAGGCGCAGCUCGCCGCCUGCUUACAUCUACGUCUCGCACCCGACUACCGCUACUGGCUCUCAUCUCUUUUUACACAUCUUCUCAGCUAUGGAAACGAAGAGCAGUUGCGAGGCAUAUUGGACGAUCUGCUUGGACCUAGUCAUUGCACAUCAGUGCCUAAGAAAUGGCAGUCUAAUGUUCUAGGUAUUAAAAAACACGACUUGUUAGAGGAGAUGUUAUCGCUGCUGGUGAAGCAGUUGCGGUGGCAGCGGCUGUACACGGAGUACUCGGAGCAGCUGCGGCACGUGCGCGAGGCUCCGGCACUCAAUGGCCACUGACGUCCGAGGCCCGUACUCUGUAUCUGCGAGGCCCCGCCCCCCGCGCGCUCGGACACGCCCCCCGCGCGCUCGGACACGCCCCCCGGUGCGCACACGCACCACUAGGACAUGUGAAAUGUUGUGAUCUGAAUGUGUGUAAUUCAAAUUGAAUUGUUUUCAAGUGAAGUGUUGUGUGAUGUAUUUUCAAGACCAACCGAAGCAAUGUGUAAGAAAAUCAUUGUGGGUAAGUUAUUCCUACAAUUGUGUUCAUAGCAUUUUUUUUAAUGCAAAUGUGAUAUGUCUAAUGGUGGAUAUAGACUAGACGUGU